AAUCUAGUCUUCAAAAAAGAGAACUAAGACUUGUAGGUGCUUGACUUACUGUAUUGCUGCUUGACAUAUGCCAGGAACAUCCUUUUCUUGGUAGUGGAGGGGGUGGAGAAAAGGUUUGCAUCUGUGUCUAAGUGUUGCAGAAAAAUCCAACAGGCACAGACACACCUACUUGAAAACAAUGCUGCCCUAGAAGUGGGAGGAAACCAGAACUGGAGGUGCCCUCCUUCUAGGGGUAGGAGUCAGCUAAUAGCCAUCCAAGGUGUGCAGGAGUGCUUUCACUCUGCGCUGGAAAGAUCAGAGAGAAGUCCAGAGCCUUGCCUGCUUGUGUUCCUGCUGGAGAAGGAGUAUGGUGAGCUGCUGGCUAAGGACAGCCAGGCAACAUCAUGUUUGUGAAGAUGUGCUCCAUCUUCCCCUCUGUGCAUCCCAGCUCCUCCUGCUGAAACAGCUGAGCUUGCUUUUCGGAUUUCUUAGACUCCUGGCCUCCGAGAGACGCCUCUAAGGACAAACUGAUCUUGCAUUGGGAACUUUAUUAUCCAGAUCCUCAUAGGCUUUGUCUACUCUGGAUUGCUUGUUGCAACAGUUUUUAGGAAGCAUGAUUGUCUCCUACACCAGCAUCUGCCUGUGUUUGCUUUUACCUACUCUGAGCAAGACCCAGUGAGGCCAUAGCCCUGUUGGUCCUGAAAAGCCUGAAACCUGAGGCUGUUUCUCUUGCCUCCAAAAUGCAUUUAUAGGCAAUAAGAAGCACAGAAACAGUGGAAACAAGCAGGAGGAGAAAAAAGAAAACCUAAAAUUUUCAAUAUUCAAAAAUACCUGUCGUGGUGGUUGAUGCAGAGAACACUGAGUUCAUCAAAGAGCUUUGUAAUUGUUGGACAGAGAACACCUUUGCUACAGGAACUGAUAUGUUUUGUCUUUCUGGCCUAGUCAAGGGAGGAUAAGUAAGUAUCUGGGGCAUGGAAGGAAUGCACUCUUGGGUCGUUUUGCUUGUAUCUGACUCACCCCUGACUCUCCAGUGAAGCAGAAAGGAAGAAACCUCACACCACCCAGGUGUGGCCAGACUUUGGCCAUUAUUGUGAAUCCGCAAGAGUUACCACGGGCCCUUCCCAAAUAUAUAUUCAAUCUUGUGGUUCAAAUAAGCUUUUGGCUCACAUCUAGCCACAUCAUAAAGAACGCUGUAGAAGAGGUGACAUGAUGAGGCGGGAAGAGGAGGAAGAGGAGGGAGCCAUGAUGAAGGCAAAAGGGGACUUGGAGAUGAAGGAAGAGGAAGAGAUUAGUGAGACAGGAGAACUGGUUGGCCCUUUUGUGAGUGCUAUGCCCACUCCAACGCCCCACAACAAGGGCACCCGGUUCUCUGAGGCAUGGGAGUAUUUCCACCUAGCCCCUGCUCGUGCUGGGCACCAUCCCAACCAAUAUGCCACCUGCCGCCUGUGUGGCAGGCAGGUGAGCCGUGGCCCUGGGGUCAAUGUGGGCACCACAGCCCUGUGGAAGCAUCUGAAAAGUAUGCACAGAGAGGAGCUGGAGAAGAGUGGCCAUGGUCAGGCCGGGCAGCGCCAGGAUCCAAGGCCCCACGGGCCCCAGCUCCCCACGGGCAUUGAGGGUGACUGGGGUAGGCUCCUGGAGCAGGUGGGCACAAUGGCUUUGUGGGCCAGCCAAAGGGAAAAGGAGGUGCUUAGGAGAGAAAUGGCAGUGGAAUGGCGGGAGAGGGCUGUGGAAAAAAGGGAACGAGCCUUGGAGGAGGUGGAAAGGGCCAUCCUGGAGAUGAAGUGGAAGGUGAGGGCUGAUAAGGAGGUAUGCCAGCAGGAGAAAGAGUUGCCGGCAGCAGUACAUGCCUUCCAUUUUGUUUAAAUUGGGCUUGGAGAAUCUAUCCUGAAAACAUUGACUCUAGACUUGUACAAAAGAGCCACUUUAGUUUCAACUCAAAUGUAAAGCAAAGUAGUUUAGUGACAUUUUGCUUUUAUGUGAAAUAGUGCACAGUAUGAGUUAAUCUGAGCAGGUCUGAAUUGACCAGAUGCUUCUCUAUGAGGUUACUAGAGCUCUGCUGACCCUUGGCCGAAACUCUAAAAUGUACCUAUUAAAGAUAAAUGCUGUUACCAAAGUAAAACUCUGUGAGUUGUUUCAGGGCAGAAUGUACCAGCCAGUCAGCAUUGUUUACCAAAAUAAUCAGAUUUUUGCCUAGCACUCGGUUUUGGUGGAGCUGAAGAUUUUGAGGGCUGAGGCUGGUUAAGUAGCUGGAAUGUGCCUAUGUGACCAGCUCACUUGCAGACACCCUGCAGGAAGCAGAGCUUAAUCUUCCUGGGACUGAGGUCUUAGCACAUGUACUGGUGGUGCUUCCAGACAGCCAGUAUGAAUACAAAGCUUGUUCUGUGUGACCCAGCAAGUGGAAGGACAAAGAAUUGUGAGCCUCAGAUCUUUGGAUCCUUGCAAUGCGUAUCUUUCUCCUGUUAUUGCUGCGAUGUAUUUUCUUGCUUAUAUUAAAGCUGUUUCAUCAGUAUAA